CUGAUUAUAUUAAAUCCUCUGAGGGGACAGAGUGUCAGAUGUGUCUGAGCACUGCUGGCCAUGCGGUGUUUCUAGGUGUUGAGCUUCUUGUAGUGCUUCUGGUUCCUAUGUUGAUUCCCUCAGUAUGUUAAGUUGCUUGCAGUAGUUUGAACUUCAGAAAUACUCAUGUCGAAAAGUUGUUAUGAAUACGGGCUUGUUUAUCUCUCCGGCUGCUCCUAAAGCAGUUACAACAAGUCUCCAACUGCGCUGGUGCAGAGCAGCCACCCCUUGCUGCCAAUGACGUUAUAGGAAGACAUUUUGAGCCUCCACGCUUCCUGAAGUGGGUUCAUUUUAUCGUUUGCGUUCUGGCUUUCUUGGCUGCUUGCUGGUUUCACUGGAAACACCAGCCUUAGUGAUGCCAAUCUGAUUGGCAAUGGUAGAGAAGAGCAAGAGAAGGAGGAACACAAGGAUGAGGUUUGAGCUGUCCUUGCCCUUCCUGGGACUCCUGCUGUGUGUGGUUGGCACCGCAGCUCAGGAUGUUUCUGAUGCAGAACAGAGGGAAUUCCAGGUGUAUAUUUCCGGAACCACGGUGACAGUCUCUUGUCCCUUCCCUGAACCAGUAACGUGGAGUCCAAAAACCUCAGAGUCUGGCAACAAUAUCUACGUUAUAGAGAAUCAUGACAGUUCUCCUCUCAAUCUGAGUUGUACAUCAAAUAAUGAGAAGGUCCAUAUGUACCUGGUGGCCAGAGUGUGCACCAACUGUAGGGAGCUGGAUACCUUGACUGUGACAGGGAUCAUCGUCGCGGAUCUGCUCAUCACCUUUGGGCUGCUGAUUUUGGUCUACUACUUCAGCAAAGACAGGAAGGGGAGACCGAGCGCUGGUGCUGGCAGUCGGCCACGAGGUCAGAAGAUGCAGCGUCCUCCCCCUGUUCCAAACCCGGACUAUGAGCCCAUCCGGAAAGGCCAGCGGGAGGUGUAUGCGGGCCUGGAAUCCAGGGGCUUCUGAAAUUGCCACAGAAGACAGGCUGGAUGGAAAACAGUGGCAGAGGAGUCGAGUGCUUCUGCCCAGCUUGCUACUGGUUCUCUGCAGGUCUUCUGAGGCCCAGGUGUUUUGGGGUAAGCCAGGUGGCUGGGCGGGACAGGAAUCCUCCUGCCAUAUGGUGUCCCACCCCAAGAUGUUCCUUCAGUCUGACAUUAGGGAUAAGAAACAAAUGAGACUGUUGGCAAGAGAAGUUUUCCUUCUCAUUAAAGGACUGGAGCCUCA